AAGGACUAUUUAAGCGCAUGCGCAAUACCUGGUCAACAAUGAAAAGGCUGAAGUGAAGAGUCAACAUGUCUGGAAACACGUCUGUCUGUGCUUUGGCGGCGGCUGCUCACAACAACAAAAGCGGUGAAGUGUCCUUUCUUCUCGGCUCAUGGGUGGAGCUGGAGCUAAAUGUGGACACGCAUACUGACCUGGAACAGACACCUUCUGCAGACCAAAUGAAUGACAACACCAACCAGAGUGAGACUGUUGAGAUCUGUGAGGGGAUUCGGGAGGAUGUGGAGAACCUCAUCGGAGGACUUGAGCACGUGCUGUCAUCCUCCUCCAUCCACAAUGGUGACAUGGAGAAAAUCUUGCUAGAUGCUCAGCAUGAGUCCAGUCCCAGUAACUCCUCCUGUCAGAGACCUCCCAGUCCAGAUCAGGAUGAUGGUCAGAUAACCUUUGAUGUGGAGAUGCCCAGUAGAUGCCCUGCAGACCUACAAAUGGAGGAUGCAGGAGUGGAUAAGGAGAACGAGGAGGAUUUCCUGAUAAACAGAGCGACGCCCUUGGGCUGUCAUUGGUCCAGCACACCGGAAAACACUCCACCAAGGGAGUUCCACUUCAAACAUCCUCAGCAUUCAAUGAACUUUAGCUUGAGAAAGUGUGGAGUCAUGCAAAAAGGAGGCAUCUUCUCCCUUGAAUUCUUCAAACCCUUCAUUCCGUGCUUAUGCAUGUCUCACAUCCUUGCUCUAGGCCUAGGAGUGUACAUUGGGAAGAGAAUAGCCACAGCCGCCACCAGCUAAUGAGUGGGAAACGAAACAAUGGCUGGAUGGAGGUCCCCCACUGCCCUCUGGUGGUCCAAAUAUACGCAUUCUUGUACGUUCAAUUUUUAUUGUUAGAAAAUAUAAGAGCUAAAAGGGGGACACAGAACAAAUGGGUAAAUGGUCUUGUGUGGGAACAGUUACUGGCUUUUUCUUGUUUGCUCGUAACAAACCAUUAGCUUUUUAAUGUCUGUAUUUGUAUUUGUAUCAGCAGUUAUGGUAAAGUGCCAAAUCCAUACAUGUCACUGCUGAACACCAGUGAUUUAGCUUUAAGACUGCUGGUAGCAUAUUUAAUGUAUCCGCUUAAGUAUUCAAAGGUGUAAAUGUAAACAUUACUUGAGCUGUUGUCUUUAUUUUAGUAGACACUUUUAUAUAGUUACAGCUGCAAAAAUAUGUAAUAUGAUCACUGUCAUUGUAUGUUAAUAAAUAAAUUGCUGUUAGAAAUAUAUCUGGA